UGUGUUGUCAUUUUUCGGGUUCAAGGUUCCAUGCCGUGGGCUUUAACUUCCGAUUGUUGUGUUUUUAACUUGGUAAAUUUGCUAGAAAUCUUGUGCUCUCUCUGUGUGCGUAAUUUUGUUCCUUUCUCAUUGUAAAAAGAUAUGAUACAUGUGUGUGUAUAAAUAAGAUAGAUCUUGGCCUUAAUUUGCUUCGGCAGCUUACAAAAAAUUUCUAUUUCUGCCACUGUUGUGAACUCCGACUUUACAUUCAGAAACUCCUGGAACUUGAUGUCCUUUAUGUUGUUACUCAAUCUCAGUUUCUUGUAUGGCAGGCAAGGAGAACUUAUAAAACUUAUUACCGAUGAGGUUUCAAUGAGACUGGCGAAAAGAGUUCGAGUAGUGCCUGAUCUUUUGGUUGGUAUUGAUCAUCAAGUGCAAAACGUGAUGUAUAUGUUAGGCAAAGACUCUCUUGAUGUACGGUUUGUCGUAAUACAAGGAAUGGGUGGAAUCGGUAAGACAACUCUUGCCAACUUUGUUUUCAACCAAAUCUCUUCUCAAUUUGAUGGUUGCAGCUUCCUAUUAGAUAUUCGAGAAUUAUCACAGCGAGGUAAAAUUGUGAAAUUGUAAAAAAGAUUAUUGUCUGACAUCCUCAAUUCCAAAUCCCUAGAGGUUCCCGAUACUGACUUUGGGAUCAACAUGAUUAGAGGGAGAUGUCGCCACAAGAAAGUUCUUAUUGUUCUUGAUAAUUUGGACAAAAGGGACCAGCUUGUGAUGCUUGCAGAAAAGUGCGAUUGGUUCGGUCCGGGAAGCAGAAUCAUAGUGACAACUAGGGACAGCAGUAUUUUCACGAAUAAUGCCUCAAUACAUCCUAAAGAGUAUUGCUUCUACGAAAUGGAGGAGAUGUAUCAUUCUUUUGCCAUUCAACUUUUCAGUAGGCAUGCAUUUAAGAGCGAUGCUCCUCCACGUGAAUAUGAUAAAAUAACAUGAGAAAUUGUGAAAAUCACUGGUGGACUGCUGCUAUCUCUUAAGGUCAUCGGAUCCUCACUUUACCGGAAGAUAGAUGAAGUAUGGCAUGAAGUAUUAGCCAAGCUGAAGAAAACGCCUCACAAAGAAGUUCAAGAGGUAUUGAAGUUAAGUUAUGGCAUGUUGGAAUAUGAGCAGAAAGAAAUUUUCCUUGACAUUGCAUGUCACAUGGCCGGUGAACGAAUAGGUGAUGCAAUUGUUAUGUGGAGGGCUUGUCAAUUUUAUCCAAAUGAAGCCAUCUCAGUUCUUAUUAGUAAGUCUCUAAUGAAAAUGGAGAAUGACCACAUUUGGAUGCAUGACCAACUCAGAGAUUUAGGGAGGGAACUUGUUCGUAGUGAGAGCAUCAAGCAUCCUGGAGAGCGUAGUAGAAUAUGGUGUACCACUAUAGCCAUGGAUGUUAUUCGAAAGGAACAGGGAACCAAAGAAAUAGUGGCACUCAAACUCGGGGGACAAUCUCAAGCGUGCAAUAUUUCAGGUGAAGAUAUUUCAAGGUUGGUAAAUUUAAGGUUCCUUGAAUUGGACGGAGGAAACUUUGUAGGGGACUUCCAAAAUCUCCUCUUGGAGCUAAAAUGGCUCUCUUGGCAAAAUUGUCCUUCGGAGUUCCAAGCUACAACUUUUCUCCUAGCUAUCUAGUUGUCCUCAAAAUUUCAGAAUCUGAUAUUACAAAUGAUUGGGGUGGAUGGAGCCAAAUCAUGGGAGAAGGUAGGUUAAAAGCUCUGCAUCUCGUGAGUUGUAGAAGGUUGAUCAAGACGCCUAGCUUCUCUACAUGCUCGACUUUGGAGAGACUUGUUGUGAAGGAUUGUGAUAGGCUGGUUGAAAUUGACCCAUCCAUUACUAUGCUACAACAUUUGAAGCACUUGGAAAUUAAGGGGUGUAUAGGGUUGAGGGUGCUUCAAGGAGCUCCAACCACGCUCAAUUUAGGCACGGUAUGCCAAUCAUUUGGUAAUCUAAAGCAUCUGUCAACACUAAGGAUGGAAAAUCUGGAACUCCUUGAACUUCCGGAUUCAUUAGGAGAGAUGCAUAGUCUUCAAGAGUUGUCUUUAAGUAAUUCAUCUGUGGAGAAACUUCCAGAGUCGAUUGGGAAACUGAAAUCUCUAGCCAAGUUGAUUUUAUCUCACACGAACGUUGUUGAGCUACCCGAGUCAAUUGGAGAGCUUAAGAGAUUGGUGACUCUAGACAUCUUAGGAUGUAAAUUAAGAAAGAUUCCCAAGGCAAUAGGGAUGUUGGAGAAGCUUGAAGAAUUAGAUGCAGCACAUUGCAGAUGUUUGGAGGGAGAAAUUCCAAUGGAAAUUGGGGAACUAUCAUCUUUGAAAGAGUUAUCUUUAGGGGUCGUCCUUAACCGAAAUUCCACUGGAUGCGCUUGGACAGCUAGAGAACCUUCAAUGGUUAAUGAUAUUCGACUGUCAAUUUCUUGA